GGUCUUGUCUUGUUAGCCGGUAAGUCUGCUCUGAUGCUUACAUUCCCCUCCGUUGAGGGGACGGUUGCCCCCAAAAUGUUGCUUGAGAAAACUGUUGCUACAUAAGUUGGAUGUUUUAAUGCAGAGGAAUUGAUUUACUAAGGAAUGCCGAGAAACCCUAAGACUGCGUGUCUCCUCUUUGCUAGAUCUGUGACUCCCCCGCCAUCGAUGCCAAGUUUGCCCCGUUGCCGGCGUCACCCCUCCCCUCGACGGUGAAGCUCAUAGCUUCCCUCCACCGCCGGUGUCGCUUCUCCCCCGCCGACCAAGCCGUGCCUGUCGCCGGCGUCGCCCCUCCCCCACUAGUGAAACUCGCGGUCUCUCCACCGCACGCGCCUCGUGUAGUUGUGGCUGCGUGCACCCCCUGUAGCCCCGGCGAUAGGUCCUACUGCUCCAUCCGGUUUGCUUCCGGCAACAAGAUCAACAACAAGCGAGCGAGGUAGUGAAAAGCUGCAGCUGUGAUCUCUGGAGGUGCUCUUCCUACUCUUUCUGGUAUUUUGAUGGUGGCUUGAUGGCCAGUAAUAUGCAGUCUUCUGGGCUGCCUCAGCCUCCAAGACCUCCCAUGAUGGGUUCUAGCGCUCAGCCACAAAAUCUUGGACCACCAAUGCCUAUGCAGUUUAGGCCAGUGAUGCCUUCGCAGCAUCCUCCUCAGUUCAUGCCACCAGCAGCACAGCAGUUCCGUCCUGUUGGUGAGCCUAUGGCGGGGGCUAACGUUGGCAUGCCAGGGCAAAUGCCACAUUUUCCACAACCUGGGCAGCACUUGCCUCACUCAAAUCAAGUUCCACCUGUAUCACAAGGGGUUCCCAUGGUAUAUCAGCCAGCUAGACCAAUGUCAUCAGCACCUAUGCAACAACAGCAACAAACUGCGUAUGCUGGGGGCCAUUUGCCCACCAUGGGUGCUCCUAUGCAACCCCUGACCUAUACAUAUCAACCAACAUCGAUCCCUCCUGUAGCGCAACCCUGGAGUACAGGCCCAGGACAGAGUGUACAUCAUGUGCCUCCUCUAGUGCCGUCUGGGCACCAGCCGGUGUCAGCUCCAACGACUUUGCCUCCUUUUGCAAAUGACAAGGUCAACUUGUCUGAACCUAGCUCUUCAGACUGGCAGGAACACACUGCAGCCGAGGGAAAAAAGUACUACUAUAAUAAGAAGACAAGGCAAUCAAGUUGGGAGAAACCAGUUGAGUUGAUGACACCUUUGGAGAGGGCUGAUGCCUCAACUGAAUGGAAAGAAUUUACUACACCAGAAGGACGGAAGUACUAUUUCAACAAAGUGACCAAGCAAUCAAAAUGGACUAUUCCUGACGAGUUAAAGGUUGCACGUGAAUUGGCAGAGAACGCAUCAAAUCAACAACCUGAUCGAGAAUCAGGAAUAGCUACUAGUGCUCUUGUCAGAUCUGCUGCCUUUGAACCUUCUACUGCACCUGCUAAUCAGUCGUCAUCUGCUGUUGGUAUAAUUGCUUCCAGCGCACAUGAUGGAUCAUCAAACUCUGUUCUUUCUGGUCCUCCCCUGCCGCACAAUGUGGAGAAUACUUCCAGUUCUAUUGUUGGCAUGCAAAAUGGUGGUUCGAGUACUGCUGUUGUUCCUGUUGCAGCAAGCACAGAAGUUCCAUUAGUUGCAACAGAUGCAGGGUCCAGCAGAAACAACGAUGAAAAUUCAUCUCUGACCACUGGGGCUGACGCAGAGGAUGGUACAUCCGCUGAAGAUUUGGUGGAGGCCAAAAAGACCAUGCCAGUUGCAGGGAAGAUUAAUGUCACUCCAGUGGAGGAGAAAACAAGUGAAGAAGAACCUGUAGUCUAUGCCACUAAGAUGGAAGCAAAAAAUGCGUUCAAGUCCCUGCUUGAGUCGGUAAAUGUGGAGUCUGAUUGGACAUGGGAUCAGACUAUGAGAGUCAUCAUAAAUGACAAAAGAUAUGGUGCUUUGAAAACUCUUGGAGAGAGAAAGCAAGCUUUCAAUGAGUACUUGAACCAGCGCAAAAAGUUUGAAGCCGAAGAAAAACGUAUCAAACAGAGGAAAGCACGUGAUGAUUUCCUUGCAAUGUUGGAAGAAAGCAAGGAGCUUACAUCAUCAACAAGAUGGAGCAAAGCAAUACUUAUGUUUGAAGAUGAUGAAAGAUUCAAAGCAGUUGAGCGUCCAAGGGAGCGUGAAGAUUUAUUUGAGAACUAUCUUGUGGAACUGCAUAAGAAGGAAAAAGCCAAGGCUGCUGAAGAACACAAAAGAUAUGUAGCAGAGUACAGAGCUUUUCUAGAAUCAUGUGACUUCAUCAAGGCAAGCACUCAGUGGAGAAAAGUUCAGGAACGCCUGGAGGACGAUGAACGUUAUUCCCGACUUGAGAAGUUUGAUCGGUUGGAUAUUUUUCAAGAGUACAUUCGACACCUAGAGAAAGAAGAGGAAGAGCAGAAGCGGGUACAAAAGGAUCAAGUGAGAAGACAAGAGAGGAAAAACCGUGAUGGGUUUCGUAAAAUGUUGGAAGAACAUGUUGCUGAUGGCACACUUAAUGCAAGAACUCGGUGGCGUGAUUACUGUGCACAGAUAAAAGAUUCACAGUCCUACUUGGCUGUAGCAUCAAACACAUCUGGCUCUACACCGAAAGAGUUAUUUGAUGACGUGAUCGAGGAACUUGGCAAACAGUAUCAAGAAGACAAGAUCCAAAUUAAAGAAGUGGUGAAAUCUGGAAAGAUUCCUAUGACAACUUCAUGGACAUUAGAGGAAUUCCAAACUGCUACUCUGGAGGAUGAUGCUCUUAAAGGAAUAUCAACCAUCAACAUCAAGCUUGUAUAUGACGAUCAGCUUGAAAGGCUCAAGGAAAAAGAGCAAAAGGACGCUAAGAAGCGCCAGCGCUUGGGUGAAAAUUUUUCAGAUCUUUUGUAUUCCAUCAAGGAAAUAUCAGCUUCUUCAACAUGGGAUGAUUCUAAACAGCUUUUCGAGGAUAGCCAAGAGUUCAGGGCCUUGGACAGUGAGACUUAUGCUAGAGAGCUUUUUGAAGAGUGCGUUGUCCACCUGAAAGAAAGGUUAAAAGAGAAAGAACGUUUGAGGGAGGAAGAAAAGGCAAAAAGAGAGAAAGAGCGUGAGGAGAAAGAGAAGAAGAAAGAGAAAGAAAGGAAGGAGAAAGAACGCAAAGAAAAAGAAAGAGACCACCGGGAGGAGAGAGAAAAGGAGAAAGGGAAGGAUCGAUCAAGGAGAGAUGAAAUGGAGUUUGAUGGUGCUGAUUUGAACACCCAUGGUGCAAAAGAUAAGAAAAGAGAUAAAGAUAAAGAAAAGAAACAUAAGAGACGUCACCAUGACACAGAUGAUGUAAGCUCUGAGAGGGAUGAUAAAGACGAUGCUAAGAAGUCUCGGAGGCAUAGCAGUGAUCGCAAGAAAUCUAGGAAGCAUGCACAUGGCUCAGAUUCAGAUAGUGAAAACCGGCACAAAAGACAUAAAAAGGACCGAGAUAGUAGUAGAAGAAAUGGAGCACAUGAGCUGGAAGAUGGUGAACUUGGAGAGGAUGGGGAGAUCUAUUAGUCUUUCUGUUUGCUACCGAGAUUCUACUUGUAGCACUCAUCUCCAGUCUUGUUACACAUGGAUUUAUUGCCAUCUCUUGCCUGUUGAGUUGCGCACUUGGGCUGAAGCCUACCAGCUGGAUUUUUGCUCUGCCGCACCUGUGAUGCUACUGCUGGGGGGCAAUGGAUAUAGCAAUAACACCAGCUACUGCUGGGGAGCAAUGGAUGUAGCAAUAACACCAGCCCAUGCUUGACACCUUUCUUUGGUCCUUCUGGCAGCUGACCAGGCUAAAUUUUCAUUUCCUUCAAAGUCCAUGGUGCUGUCUGUGCUGAGGUAACAGAUUGCUCAGUUUGCAACGAGUUUCUUUGUGAGUGAUGUGCUUUUGGGAGAGUAUGGAGUGUUUGAUUUGUCGCUCAUGUCAUGUUAAGGCUUGUUCAUUAUACUAGGAUUUAGUUAUCUAUGGAAAUUUGUCGAGGAUUGCUGGGCUUGAAGAUUCA